AUGAUAGUAUUCGCUCAUAAUAACACCAUAUACAGCAUCGCCUUCUUCGUCUUUCACCUUCAUUACCCCCCUCUUUCGACCCCCUCCCCCGCGCACUUCUUCCCCCCAGGCCAUCCGCAUCCUACCUCUGUCGCCCCCUUUUCCCGCAUUCCACCUCACAAGCUGCACAACCCUCCCACAAGAUUUCACCCCGCCAUCCGUCCUUUCUGCCCGUUCCGCCGAUCCCGCCGUCACAUCCGCCAUUCGGUCCGCUUUUCUACCCACCCCCGCUCUUUUAAGCCUCCGCAUCCGUCGUGCCACCUGUCGAUCCGCCCGCCGACCAUCAAAAUGCAGCGCGCACCAGCAGCCGCCUACUCGCUCGUCAGAUCCGCCGUCCUCAACCACGUGCGGUUACCCGUGGCGCCCUCCUUCUGGUCGCGCGUCGGCAACGCGCCGUCCGGCGGAGCCCGGAGCCGCGGAUUCGCGGAAUCGGCCGGCACUUACCUCGACAAGGACGCGGUCACGGAGCGCGUGCUGAACGUAGUUAAGAAGUUCCAGAAGGUGGAUCCGAAGCUGGUGACCCCCACGGCGAGCUUCCAGAAGGACCUGGGGCUGGACUCGCUAGACGGGGUGGAGGUGGUGAUGGCGUUUGAGGAGGAAUUUGCCGUCGAGAUUCCCGAUGCCGAUGCCGAUAAAAUCCUCUCCUGCGCUGAUGCCAUUAAUUACAUCGCCUCUCACCCACAGGCCAAGUGA